GGACGAGAAAAGCGCCCCAGCGUCAUGCUCUUGUUGUACAUACACGAUCUUUGGGGGAGCGUACAGGAAGUUGGCAGCAGGUGAAGAGGCUAACAGCAUCUAAUUGCGGCAACCGACUCGACAAUUACGAGAAACUAAACAAAACAUGUCUGAAAUGAGUGCUGCUGUACCCAACCAUCGAAGGACCAAGCCCGGUGGUAUAAAACCUGGGGCCGUGACCAGCGGCGUGACUGGACCCACCUCCCAGAUCCCCGGGCUGUCCCAGACCGCGGACGAAACCUCCCCGGUGGAGCGCACCAGCGGGCGACGUGUCGGGAUAUUUGAGACGGAUUCGGAGUACGUCAAGCUCGCCAAGCAGGGAGGACACAAAGGCCUGUUGAGUCAUGACGCCGAUUCAGAGGACAAGCCCAUGAAGAACUACAAUCCUCCCAACUGGUUCGGCGACGAGUCAAAGAGUGGAAGCAAAGCAACGUCUCCCGACGGCCAGAUGAAGGGAGGCCGGCAGCCUCUGGCUGCACCGUUUGGCACCGAUAACGGUUCGACCUGGGAAAGAGAGCGCGAUAGGUUUUCUGGUACAGAUAAGACGUCUCCUGAUGAUGCUGCUGCCGGAGACAUGGAGGGACUUUCACUAACCGGCAAAUACAAGAGAACGUCUUACGAUAAGAAGGCUCCUCCAGUCAGCAUGUCCAAGCUGCUGAGUCACGGAUACGUGGAGGAGAAGAAGAAGUCGCCCAAUGACGACGAUGCUUCAAGUGUGACCUCAGAACAGACCAGCACCAUAGCAACGGAGGACGUGGACGACCUGGAGUAGACCCGGACCACUGCUCGUCUUCACUCUGGAUUCACUCGCGUUUAUUGUGCAUCCACUGACUGUUAGGUUUUGUACUCAUGUUUAUGCAAAAGGUACUGUCCUUAUUUAUUUGCUUUAAUUUGUAAAAAAGAAAAAGAAAACACAGAGUCACACUUUGAGUAGAUGUGUCGGUGCUCGCAGUAUUAUUUUGUAAUGUCCCUCGAUUUGAAGGAUGUGUGCGGGGCUGGAAGCCGACGGCCUUCGCCUGCUGCCGACUUCCCUCCCCGGUCGUAUGAAGAUCGAGUUUUUAAAAAGUGUUUCGUGCUAACGAGCUGUGGUUAAAGUGACGUGAAGUAUUAUUUGUUUCGACCAAGGGCUCCUGCUGUCUGAGGGGACGUCGGAGGGUUUGUGUGUUUUCGUCUUGUUUCGGCUUUCGUGGGCGGUCGGUUACGAUCAUCUGUUCAGACAGCGACCCUGCAGCGGAGAACACAAACAUGACUUCUACAAGGUUGCCCCCACCCACCCCCACCACCCCCCCACACACACUGAAACGUCUAAAUGUUUAGUUAAAAGCAGCUGUAGUUCAUUAUAACGGAUCUAAAUGUGGAUUAUUCUGCACAUUGAAGCCCUUCACUCUCGAAUUGUUGCAUCCUCAUUCAGCCUAAACACUUAAAUUAUCUCACACAGACGUUUGGGGGGAAGCUAACUUCCUAAAAGCUAACUUCCGAUUUAAUUCCCAGUGGAAGACGGAGGCAAACGAGUCCUUAAAAAAAAAAAAAAAACGUGCCAAACGAGCAGCUUGUGUUUUCGACUUCAUCUGUAGGAGAAGAACAUUUUACUUUAAUUAGAAAUAAUGGUCGUUAGUAAACUCGUCAGCUCACUUAUCGAGUGGUUUAGGAGUUUUAGUUUUUACGUUGCAGUCCGAUGAACAGCGAAUGUAUCACGAUAUAAAAACGGGUUUGUUUCCAGUGAACUGUCGAAUAUUCAGGUCGGUUGUCGGAAAAAAAAAAAAACCUUCAGUGGCUUAACUCUCCUCCUCGAGUCUCGUCACAUGCUUUUUAUUUGCUUGUUGGUUUGUUUUAAAUAAAAAAAAAUGUUCCGGAGGAGACGGAAGACGGAAGAAAUCCACGCGACACGACUCAAUGUAAGACCCCCCCACACCCCCUCACCCCCCCACCCUGAGGACUGCACUCGGACUCUUAACUGUCAUUGAAAUAAAUGGGCAUGUGCAUGUA